UGAAAAGUGCGCUCUACGUAAGGAGAGCGGACUUGUGCGGAGGCCAGGUGAGAGAGGCCCACCUGUGUCGUGGGGGAGUUGUCCUGGGUGCUUUGGUCGCGAGGAAUCCUAAAACCAUGGAUAACUCAUACAUGCUUUGAAACAUGCUUUAGAUGAUUUUUUUUCCUGGAAGUCAUGAAACCACCCUCCCAAAUGGAUGUACUAUAGAACAGACCUAUGGCUAAUGGUGGCAGAAUCUACAAGGAACUAUGUUUCGUGCAACUCUGGGAAAAACCUUUCGACUUAUUGGCUAUACUAUCCAGUAUGGCUGUAUAGCUCAUUGUGCUUUUGAAUAUGUUGGUGGUGUUGUCAUGUGUUCUGGACCAUCAAUGGAGCCUACAAUUCAAAAUUCAGAUGUUGUCUUUGCAGAAAAUCUUAGUCGACAUUUUUGUGGUAUCCAAAGAGGUGACAUUGUGAUUGCAAAAAGUCCAAAUGACCCAAAAGCUAAUAUUUGUAAAAGAGUAAUUGGUUUGGAAGGAGACAAAGUCCUCACAAACAGUCCAUCAGAUUUCUUUAAAAGCCAUAGUUAUGUGCCAAGAGGUCAUGUAUGGUUAGAAGGUGAUAAUCUACAAAAUUCUACAGAUUCAAGGUACUAUGGACCUAUUCCCUAUGGAUUAAUAAGAGGACGGAUCUUUUUUAAGAUUUGGCCUCUGAAUGAUUUUGGAUUUCUACGUGACAGCCCUAAUGGCCAUCGAUUUUCUGAUGAUUAGCGAGCAUUUUUUGUAUUAUUAUUAUAUCCUGUUCAAGUGAAUUUAUUAUUGCCACAAAACCAUGUACUAAUAAACUAUUUGCUAUUCAGUUUUA